AUGGUUGCUCUUGUUCUUGACCCUCAAUACAAAUUGGGGAACUUGGAGUUUAUCUUGAAGAGCCGGUUUGAAAAUUUGGAAGAUGCAGUUAAGAAGAAGAAUGAGAUCAAAGAGAUUUUAAAGAAGCUUCAUGAGGAGUAUGCCAUGCCGCCAUUACCACCACCACCACCACCACCACCACCAUCCACUCAAAGUAGUAGUUAUUGUUCUAGUGAUCUACUACCAUGA